GUUCCGCGAAAAAGCGUCAAGAUUCAAAGAGCAAAAGACAGAAACGCAAGGAGGGAAAGACGCCAAUUCGCUUUCCACAGUCGUUCACAUUGUUUCGCUUUUGCGGGGUAGCUUUCUUCUGAACUACGAUCUACUUCCGGAGCGCUUCCUCGCAUCAAUCAGCCCCUCCAACCAAAAGCCCUUCCUUAGGAACCUCGUUACGAUCAAAGAUCAAUCCAAACCUCCCAAUUCCACAAAGGAACCCAAAUACAGUCCACAAGCCGCCUUGCAGAACCACGAUAAUGCUCUCCGCUAUACUCCGCAGACUCCAAGGAGGAAACCUUGAGGUUUUCAAAUUCGGUACAUAUGUCCUCUUCCCCAUCGGCUGGAUGUACUACUUUGGCACCAACCUCGAAGAACGCUUCUCCGUCCCCGACUUCUGGCCAAGGGAAGAGCAUUCGCACAAGAUUCCGCUGGAGAAAAGUGAGAUCGAAGCUGAACUAGCGAGAAUGGACCGGGAGAAGGAGCGGAAGCGAUUACGACGCUUGGAGCUAGAAAACGCUGCUGCGGCAGCGGCGACGGCGGCAACGAUGGGGGAGAGUGCCGGAGUGGAGAGGUCGUGAGGUGAUGAAGACAAGGGCUGAAAGAGGGGACGAAAAGCAGCAAAAGGGAGGAAAUGUGAGAAGUAGGGUAUAUUACUGUAUUUUAUAUGGGCGUUCUUCUUUGCAUCAGGGUAUCUAUUGGGGCUCUUUUUGUUUCCUUUUUCCGGAUAACGGCGCGGAAUACUUUUCUAGGCGCCGGCAAGUUACGUGGGAAGUGAGUAUCUUCUUUCCUAUCUACUCCAUACUUUCCCAACUCCUAUCUAUAUAUAUAAUGAACGGAAAACACCAGAAUUUUCAUACGGCCUUUCUGUGUCUGCUUUAAAGGGUUUAUGAGCUCAAUCACUCGCAGUGAGAGAUAUUAGUGGUCAAAUUAUUAAUAUUAAUUAGCCAGCCUUAGCUCUAAUACCUGCAUAAAACAAUCAAAAACAUUACCUAUUA